UUCCAGUGAAGAAGAAGAGAGGCAGCAGUGAACCAUCAGAGCCUCAUCAUGAAAGUCCGUCACACUCUGAUCUGCUGCUUCUUCCUUUCUCUGCAGGAUGGAAACCCUGAAGUCACCGAUGCUCAGUUUCUUCACUAUGGAGUCAUUGGAGGAGAUUUGAAAGCUGGAUUCUCCUUUGAGUCUCCAGGAACAUGGAAGAUGUUCUGCAGAGAAGAAUGUGAAGGAGAAAACAUUCUCAUUAAUACAACUGAUGUCAGAGCUCAAACAGGCAGAUACAGCAUUGAAUAUGAAUGGACUGGUUCUCAUGGUUUAUAUGUGAGCAUCUCAAAGCUGACUGAGUCUGACUCUGGACAGUACAGCUGUGGUUUGGCUGGAUCUUCAUCAUCAGCUUCACUCACACAGUUUGUGAUCGUUGUUGCUGAAGCACUGCUGGAUGGAAACGAUGAUCAGCUGAAACACUUUGAUAAAGAAACUGGAAGCUCUCUCACAGUCGGAUGUUCCUUUAAACAACCUGGAAACAGAGUGUUCUUCUGCAGAGGAGAAUGUGUAGGAGAAAACAUUCUUGUUCUUACACUUGAUAUCAAAGCUCAGAGAGGCAGAUACAAAAUUGAAUAUGAUUCAGGAGUUCUGUAUGUGAGCAUCACACAGCUGACCAAGUCUGACUCAGGACGGUACAGAUGUUCACUGAGUGGAUCUUCCAGCAUGUCAUUCAGAGACUUUCAGGUCACUGUCACAGACGCAGCUGGACCAUCAGCCACAACUACAGGAAGCUCCACACCUUCAUUAACUUUGACUGGAAGCACUGAGCAGCCUGAAAGAGCAGCAUCUGCAGCUGCAGAUGUGCUGCUGGUUGUGGGUCUGACUCUGGCUCUCAUCAUCAUCCUCUCAUCACUGACUGUUCUAAUAAUCUGCAUCAAGAGAAAGAGCAGCAGAGGUUUGAGGACCAGAGGAAACUCAGAGGGCACAAACAUGGAGGACGUCCACUACGAGAACUGUACUCCAGGUUCUACACGUGAAGACUCGACCUACCAGAGCCUCGAUCCAGCCGGCAGGGACCAGGACCAGACCUACUCUACACUCACACACCACACAUGAGACUCUCUGGAUUCACACCUGGGUUUGUUUUUGUACUUGAAGACUUCAGUCUUUUUACAGACCCUGGAAAUUCACAGCAACUACACCCAUAAAUGUGCACAUUUUAAGCCUUAAUACAACUUAAUAGGUUAAGUUUUAAAAAUAAACAACUCCCUGAAUGUUUGUUAUAAAGGAGGAAAUUGCAGAUAGAAAGACAAAAACGUCUUGGUCUCUGUCUGUCACCCUUGUAAAACGUGUUUAUUUCCGGUGUAAAGUUGGACAUCAAGUCUAUGGUUGACUCACUGGAGCCUCAAGUGAACAUUAGUGAACUGCAUUUUUUUUUAUCAUUUUAAUUUGCAACAAGACUAAUGAGAACAUGCCAGAUCAGCUCAUUUUUGCAUGCUUGUCACAUCCAUUUACUUCAGUGCUCACUGCACUGUGCUCCCAUGUAUUCAUCGGCUGUCUCUUAUGCUCUGCUUAGCUGUGGUUUUGAUCUACUCUGCAGGUUAUGUCCAAGUUACUGUCCUAACUUGCAGGUUUUAUCUCAGGUUCAUUGCUAGUGCAUGUUUCUGUGUGUGAAAAGUGCAUUUAGUCCCAGAAGUUCACAGUCUGAUAUGAUUUUCAAUAAGAUUUUUUCUGCUGUUUACUUUGCCCUGUCGUUGACACAGUAAUACUUAUGAUAUGCAAUUAAACAACUUCAGGCUUAGCUCGGUUUUCUUUAUGAAUGCCAUUAAGUGUUAUUGAACAUAUCUUAUUUUCUUUUGUAAUUAAUUGAUUUCUU